UGAAGGUGGGAGUAUUAAAGCCAGGAACGCGCCUAGUUUGGUGCUAAGCUGGACAGUGAGAGCUCGGAGAAGGAAAUAAGUCUUAUUAUGAGAGGAGGAAGAGAGAAGGGGAUCUGGAUGGGUGCAGUCAUGUGAUCAGUAUAAGUAUUCGGGGCUGUUUUUGGUGCCACUUCUUUGGGUGCUGAAUAUGAAUGCACAACCAGUUAAUAUAAAAACUGAAGUGAAGGAAGAAGCAGAAGGGAUGUCUAUGAUGGGUGAUGAGCCGUGUAAAGAAGGGGAAAUUCCUCCAGAGAUCAGCACAGACCCUCAGAGAGACGUCAAAGCUGAGGAGGAGGAAGAAGAACAUGGAAGGAUUCCAAAGGAGGAAGUUCCUAUGGAGACCAGCACAGAUGGAUCCAGUAAUGGGAACCCACCGGAGAGAUGUCCCCGUCCUCUGUAUUCCCGGGACUCCACACAGGAACAUCAGGAGAUCCUGCAUGGUCAGGGCGAAUUUAUGAUGAAUCCUGAAGUGAAGGAAGAAGAGCCAUAUGUGAGGAGUGAUGAGCCAUGUAAGGAGGAGGAAAUUCCUCGAGAGAUCAGCACAGACCCCGGAGCCACUCGGAGAGAAAUCAAAGCUGAGGAGGAGGAAGAACAUGUGAGGAUUAAAGAGGAAGAAACCCCUCCAGAGAUCAGCACAGUAGAUGGAUGUCACAAGGGGGUCAAAACAUUUCCCUGUUCCGAGUGCAGCCAAUGUUUUACCGAGAGAGCAGCUCUCAUCUCACAUCGGAGAGAUCACACAAUGCAGAAGAAGUACCCUUGUACCAAAUGCGGAAGAUGUUUCAACGAGCGAGCGAAGCUGAUGGUGCAUGAAAUGAGUCACAAAGAGGAGAAGCCAUUGUCCUGCUCCCAGUGUGGCCUGUGUUUCAGUGACCAGUCCUAUCUUCUCAGCCAUCAGAAAGUUCACACGGGGGACACCUUAUCUUGUGCAGAAUGUGGGGACAUCUUUACAGAGGAAUCCUACCUUCUUCAGCAUCAGAAGAUGCACACCGGGAAGAAGGUCUUUUCCUGUUCCGAAUGCUGGAGGAGCUUUCCAACGGAGUCCAAACUCCUUAAACAUAAACUAGUUCAUUCGGAGGAGAAGCCAUACACUUGCCACACGUGCGGGAAAUGCUUUGGAGAAAAGGGUAACUUUUCGGUCCACCUGCGUCACCAUAAGAAGCGGUUUUCCUGUUUGGUGUGCAGGAAGUACUUUGUAUCCAAUUUUUCGCUCCUCCAACAUCAGAGGAGUCACACUGGCGAGCGGCCGUUCGCGUGCUCCGAAUGUGGCAAGAGCUUUAGAUACAGAUCAUGCCUCAGAUCGCACUGGAAGACGCACCCAGAGGUAGAAUUCAAGCCGUACGUCUGCUCUGAAUGUGAUCAGUGUUUCAGUCGCAAGUUGGACCUCUUUAGCCACCAAAGAUUCCAUGUGGCUGAGACGCCCCACAUGUGCUCGGCCUGCGGGAGAUGUUUUGUGAGAAAGCAAGUUUUACAGAGGCACCAGAGCAACUUUAGCGAUGAGACGGCGUUCGAAUGUUUAGUGUGCAAAAAGUCUUUCCCAUGGAGGGGCUGCCUCAAUUACCACAAGAAUGAACACUACGUCUGGAAGACAACAGCAUGAUGGGACGGAGGAAGAUGGGAGGGAUCCAAUGUGGUUUUGUAUGUUUUUCAUGAACUCUGACUGGCUACAGUAAAUUGUAAAUAAAUAAAUAA